AAAAAAUGUAUCGUCAUUUAUUAUAAUAAAAACGUUCUAAGGAUCGUCUUCCGGUGAUAGAAGUUGAUGCUGCAUGCGUUGUGUUAUCUAGUUCAUUGCGCUGAAACCGGAGUUCAGCGGGGUGUUUGUGUGACGGAAGUCGUAUCAGUUCUGAAGGAACCAGCGCCGAGCAGAUCCACCGGGCAACAACAAAACAAAACAGGUUGAAUCAACGUUGUUUCUCACGUCAUUCUAACCAACAACAGCAUCGCUGUGAUGUUGUUGAAUCAACGUGGAAAACUAAUUGAAUUUGUAAAAAAAAAGUCAUCAACACAAAAGGACAUUUCAUUUUUUUUCUUCUUUCUCCCAAAUCCAAUGACAUUUCUUGUUGAUUUCACGUCGAAUUAGUUUGACAGCUCAACCACAUGUAAAUCAAAACUAGACGUUUGUGGCCAGUGGGGUGGGAGCCAGCCCAGCGAGCAGCGCAGGCACCGUCGGUCCGUCCAUCCUUCCAGCAGCCAGUCCCUCUUCUGCAGAGCGCACUCACUCACUCACUCACUCACACGCACGUACUCACGCACACAAACACGUUGUAGUCAGUCCUACCCGUGUGCGUUGCGUGCAGGGCAGCUCGGCUCGCUGCUCGCAGCUGGGAUAGGACGAGAAAAGAAGACCACGGGAGAAGAAGACAAGGGGUGUGUGUGGAAAAGGGACUUACGUUCGACUGGAAGAUGUUGGAUAUUUGUACCGCGGCGGACCAAGGAACACGGAGAUGAAGUGUCUCAACAUGUCAGUGGGCAGGGGGCUGACCCUGGCCUUCCCAGCUCUCCUGUGUUCCCUGGUGACCCUGGUGACCCUGGUCGUGGAGGUCGAGGGUCAGAAGGUCCCCAUCCUCAACAUCGCUGUGAUCCUGGGCCGCACGCGCUACAUCUCCGACCGGGACAUUCGGGCUCUCUGGAGCAAAGACGACCCCAUGGACGUCAACGUGGUCACCGUAUCGGUCAACGAGACUGACCCCAAGAGUAUCAUCACCCACGUGUGCGACCUGAUGUCUGGGACCAAGAUCCACGGGGUGGUGUUCGGAGACGGGACGGACCAGGAGGCCAUCGCUCAGAUAUUGGAUUUUAUUUCCUCCCAGACACUGAUCCCCAUCCUGGGCAUCCACGGGGGAUCCUCCAUGAUCAUGGCUGAUAAGUGGCUCCGUGUGAUAAACAAGCACGUCGUCUGUUUUCUCCUGAUAACGUUGUGA